CACUUAUUAUUGUUGGAGACCGGCGUUUGGGUGACAGUGUGCCACUAGUGCCAGACUGCCAGUGGCUCAGGGUGCAGCAGUGGGCGGAGAGCCACGCGCCCGCCGUCUGACCCACUCACUCGACCUUGCCUCCCUCGCUGGGCCACACACGGGGCGGAGGAGGGCAGGAUGGCGUCUCGAGAAGGGCCCAUGGUGAGCGGCACGGAUGGCACGGACUUCUUGCACAGGGAGACCGUGGCACCGCAUUACCAGAUUAGCUGGCCUCCAAAGAAGACUAUUUCAGAAUUUGCCCUGAACAAGAGUCGGUUACGGAAAUGUGUGUUCUCCCAUCUCCUGUUGGCACUCCUCAUGCUGAUCAAGAUGGUCCCAGACAUUCUUGACAGACUUGACAUCUUCAUCCUAGAAAUUGAAGAGCUAGAAGUUCCACAGCCACUGAAGUGGGAGUACAUAUGGUUGUUGGGUUCCUUAGCAAGCUUCCUCGGCCUCACUGCCAUCAGGAAAAACCGGAUACUGCUUCUCCAGAUAUAUUUUGGCCUUGUUAAUCUUCUAUCAACGGUACCAAUUCUGCUAGCUGCAAUGAUAUACUUUAAAGAAUUUGCUGAGUAUUGUAGUGAGAGUGAGCCUCAAGGUCUUCAGUUAUGGCAGGGCUACCCAAUCAGUGUGUUAUGGUAUAGCUUCAUCCUAGUGGCCAUGCAGGUGCACAUCUUCACACUGAUUUUUGCCUACAAGCUCAUAUUGGCCUGGAAGAACCGAGGGGCUGUUAAGAAGGCCCAGUAAGGCCAGUUAAGCAUCUAUUUAUUCACUGCAUUCAUUAUGGGUUGUUAUAAAUUUAUGUUUUAAGUUUUAUGAAGGAAUAUACUGAAAACAUGAUUCACCAAGGAUGUCUAUUUUAUACUUAAAAUAUUCCUAUUCACAUCAUCUGUGGGUAACAUUGGUUACCUUUUUGAGGUACUACCUAUAUUGUGGCAAAAUUUUCACUGUUUAAUUAAGGUGUUUUAUAAUAUCUUCUUCAUCUGUAGUUAAAUUGUUUUUGUUUUUCACCUGCAAUUACUGGUAAAGAUUACAUUAUCAAUUUGGCUCAGUCAGUGGUGAUUCACUGCUAUAGAAUACAUUCAACAGGAGUACACAUGACUUCUGUAUCAUGCAGAAUAAUUUUGUGCCACCUGGUACAGAGUUGUGCUACAUGUUCAGUGUUCAAGCUGGAGAGAUAGAAUAUAAUAGCCAUCUUUGCAUUGCCUUGGAAUGAGUUGUGUAUGUUUCUUAACUCCAGUCUAAUUUGAAAGCUUUAGCUCUCUACAUAUGUAUUUUUACAUGAUUCAUUGUUUGAACACGGAUGCGUUUUAUGUUUAAUGUAUUGUUGAAAUAUCUCAGUUGAUGGUACUUGUUGUCAUGCUCAAAAGUUUCUCUGUUGAGGGGAAGUCCUGCCCAAGUUUUGCAAGUCAGCCUUUAGCUGUGUUUCCUUUACCUCAUGACUUGUUUAUGGAGAUGUCAAUUUUUUUUUUUUUUUCCUUGCUUGGGAAUAAACAAUAUUUGUACUAAUAUGGGAUGUGAUUUGGGUAACUAUUGAGUUUUCCUUUUAUAACAGAUAAUGAAUACCAUAGACUUACAACACUGCAUUCUUCAGAUGUGUAGUUCUGUUAAUUUGAACUAUGUUGAAGCAGAUUUCAUUUGAUUAUGAAUCAGAAUUAAUUUGAAGGGAAAAGUGUAAGGCUCUUGAUGAUUUGAAUUAAGCGUUUUCCACUAUAUACAAGAAAUGUGCCUGCAAAUCGAAGCCAAAGCCACAAGUGUAAAUUCCCUAGAGUGCAUGUGUCAUGCACACAAUAUUUUCAUCACUGCUGCUAAUGUGAUAAAGGUGACAUUUGUUGAAAUAAAUAAAACAAGAGUAAUAGUAAUUUCUGUUCAUGACAAACAAACCAAAAAAAUACUAAUGAUUAAAUUCAAAAUUUUGUCUUUCCUUUUUUUUUUUUUUUUUUUAUACUCUUAUCCACAUCAUAAAAUCAAACUACCUGACCUGCCUAUAUAGUUCCUUUGUUAUAUUCAUCCUGUGAUUACUGUAUAUACUCAGAUUACACUUGAUGAAAUUUUAAAGUACUGUACAUGUAAACUACCAGUACAUCUUUCAGGAUUGUUAGGCCUACCUGUAGCUACUUUCCUGUACAACUUUCCUCACUGUAAACACAUGCACAAAUCAUUGCUAACACUUGCUCGUUCAUGUCUUGCUUGCAAUCAUGAUCCUUUUCCUUUCAUUCUUGAGGUUGACAGUUUCUUUCUCUAAUCCAGUAAUUACUUGUAUUUCAGGUGAUUGGUCUGUUUGGUAAUGCUGAAAGUAAAACAUUCAUCACUAUAGAUACUACUUCAUACAUGCCAGUACAGUAAAACCUUGACACAGCAAAUAUUAGAAGUGACAAACACUUUAAGAAUAUUAGAACAAGUCUUGCUAUUAACACUGAUUGUCAAGAGGAGUAAAAAUAAGAACACCUUGGAGUGCAGUUGCAUAUUACAAACCAGUUUUCACUAAAGGCAGAAAAUUAAAUCAAGAGUGACCAGUGUUUGAACAUAAUGUAUUGCCUAAUGACUUAAUGACUUGCCUUGCAUAACAACCAGUGUGUUGAAACAUCUCUCACCAGUAGAGCAAACUGGUUGUCUCCAAAAUAAUUGUCUGUUAUUUCAAGGAUAUAUUCCCUAGGAUACAAAUACAUUAUUUUAUAUGAAUAUUAUCUGGUUGGCUCCAAAAAAUUUAUUAGUAACAUUCAUUGAAUCUUACUUUGAUUAUUGUUUUAUCUUAAUUUAUAAUGUUUUCCUUAUUUCCUUAUUUACUUAUUUAUUCAUUUACUUUUUCCUUUUGAACUGCAAUAUUUCUCUGAAUUCCCUUUAUCCUGUCAACCCUUCUGGUAUCAAUAAUUUCAGUACUUGCAUGUUCUUGGUACGUAAUAAGUAAUUUUCUAAAUAUAUUUUUUACUGUUCAAUGCUACUUCUUUUGAGUGUUGUCAUUCUUCUGGAUGUGCAGCUUUAGCUAAUUUCCAUUAUUCCACUUUCUUGGUGUUAUAAGAACUUUACAUGCAUGUAGCAAUUCAAACAAUACUAUCUUCUUUCCUGCCAGUGUUGCUGACCUCAUACAGACACUCCUUCAACUUAAAAUUGUCUUCUUGAUUUGAACUUUAUGCAUCACACUGUGUUUUCUCUGCUGUCUUCCACUUGACGUGACAUAAUCAAAGUUGUUUGUACCUGCUCUCCUUCCCUUUAUAUAUUGCUAUCCAUUUUCCUACUUAUAUCUUUCUAUCUUAUCUAAGCAGUGUUAGUGAAUACGAGUACCAGCACUAGUAUGUAUAACUUUAUCGCACUGUUUUGUAGUUUUGAUUCUGUCUUUCAUUUACAGCAAUAUAAUGAAACUUAUAUAUUCCUUCCAGUCCUUCUGUAGAUAAUAUAGUACACACAAGUACAUCCUUAACCAUUUGACUGCUGAUGAUACAUCUAUCUUUUAUAUAAAUAACCACACAAUGUUACUGAAUGACAAUCAAGCCACAAAGUGACUUGACUGCUACUGCUGAGUGGUGUUGCCCAGAGUCAUCCUCUUAACUUGCACCACACUGUUUUAUUGAGUUUGAGAAGCCAUAGCAGUGAAAAGGGUUAAAACAUCUUGCUAUACUACUUGGCACUAAAUUCUUUACUGUAGUAGGCCUACCAGUAUUCUUUAGAAGCUAGUGUUACCGUAUUCAGAAGGUUUGCAAAAAUUUCUUUCUUUCAAAACUCAGGGUUCAUACUAUACAACAAGAGGUAAGGUUACACAUGAGUAUAUAUGGUGGUAGAGAAGUUUUACAUAUCCCUCCAAAAAGAGAACUGCAUAUUUGUUUACAGAAGAUAACCUAGAUUUAAGUUUAUUACAGUUCCCCAUAUGUAAGGAAAAUCUGGCACACUGUUUUCAGUCACUCAUUCAGGUGAUGAGCUGCACUGCAAUGUGGUAAACAUAAUGCUGACUUAAAUUGGGAAGUUUUCUUAUUGUUGUUGUUAUCUGUGGUAGUUGUUUGUAGUACUUCUUGUUAAUAUCUUUAAGACAUAUCAAUUGUUCUCAUUAGCAUAAGUAGUUUUCUAUGAAGAUCUUGUUUGACCACUUGCAACCAAUGUACCAGAGACAUGCCCUAUUUUCCCACACUGUAACUUAUGGCCAUCUAUCAUUUUGGAUAGUUAACUGAUGAACACUAUGGGUUUAAUAAACUGAUGAAGAGGUCAA